AUGUACCGCUGCAAACUCCAUAAAGAGUACGUCGAGCGUGUAUUGCGGCGGAAACGCCAUCAGCAGGAUUCAGUGCUGCAAGCUGUGCGGAAACAGGACGACGUGCAAUUUCUGGCAGCACCACAUCCCGCCGAAUCCCGCGUGCAUCGGCUGCGGCGCGUGCUACAUUUACCCGGCGGCCGCGCCCCCUCCCAUGUGCGCCCCCACCAACAUCUCUUUCAAUGGCAUCAUGCGACUCAACGCCAAUGCCUCCACGUGCGUACUCUCUCUCCCACUCCCUUUCUCCCUGUCUCAUGCCCUCUCUCGCUUGGAAAGCCGUGCGCGGAAGGCAAGGACGAUCCGCACUUCCGCGGCGGCCACGGCACGCGAUUCGAGUUCAACGGCCUUCCCGAUAGGACCUUCUGCCUGCUGACGGACCGCAAUCUCCACGUCAACAUGCGCAUGCGCGGCUACUACGACACGCGCACCGUGGGCGCUUCGAUUCUAAAGAACGGGCUCGCGAUUCGCACGUGGAUUAGAGAGCUCGGGAUCAUGUGGGUGGAUUCCAAGACGCGGCGUAGCCACUCGUUUCGAAUUCUGGCGCGCGACGGGAAGGAUACGGCGAGAGGGAAGGGAUACCUAAAGGAGAUCGAGUAUGGCGGACGAAUUCUGCCGCUGCUGAAGCUCGGCGGGCGAUACGCGUUGGACGGCGGGCUGAGCUUCUCUUUCGACGCGUACGAGUCGCAGGGCGGGGGUUACUUCGACGUGGACGCGUACCACCUCGAGAUUGCCGACCUCAUCGACCUCGAAAUCAAGCUGCGCGUCGCGCACCCGCUGCUGCAGACGCCCGACGACGCGCAGGCGCACAUCAACGUGCAGUUCCUGCAGGUGCUCGGCACUCCCGAGGUGCACGGGAUCGUCGGGCAGACGUACCGCGACGGCCGCGAGAAGCGCACGGUUACAUUCGCGGAGCUCGCGGAGCUCACGGGGAGGCCAAUUGCGGCGGACGGGGAGGAAGGGAAGGGGUUUUUAGACGGCGAUGUGAUUGAUUACACUACGUCGGGGGUUCUACGCGCGGAUUGCCGCUACACCGCGUUCAGCGGGGAGAGACGGCCGCAUACCGCCGCGGAUAUCCUGCUCAGGCGUGCUGCGGCGGCCGGCGCAGCGGCUGUGGGUGGAAAGAGAGACGUACGGCCUCCAGUGAGUCAAUCGGCGGCAGCAGCAGCAGCAGCGGCAGCAGCAGCGGCAGCAGUCAAGGCAGCGACUCCGGCGGCGGCAGCGGCGGCGGCGGCGGUGGCAGCGAGGAAAACUGCCGCUCAAGCCAUUCAAAAACGGCCACAACCGGAUUUGAAGUCUGCUGCUGCAAAUUCCGCUGCUCAUGCUGCUUCUGCUGUUGCUGUGGCUGCUGCUGCGGCGGCUGCUGUUGCACGCAAUGUUAGAAGCGCCGCCACCUUGCUACAGCAGCAGCAGCAACCUUCAGUGGUUCGGGCUGUAGCAACGGCUGUAACCAGAACAGGCCCUGCUACAACCGCCACUACUGCCCCCGCUGUCAAUCCCUCAGUUUCUCAAAGACCGGUUCCCAAACGUCUCCCCGUUGCAGCUGUACGUGUGGAUGUGAGAGCCGGUGCAGUCACUGCAACACGCAGCAUCUCGGAUCGGCGCAGUAGCCCGAAGCAACCGGCAAUCAGGCCAACAAUCCAGCGUGCUGUUGCUGCUGCUGCUGCUGCUGCUGCUGCUGCUGCUGCUGCUGCUGCUGCUGCUGCUGCUGCUGCUGCUGCUGCUGCUGCUGCUGCUGCUGCUGCUGCUGCUGCUGGUACUGCAGCAGCAGUGGUAGCACGAGUGGGAGUGCUACGGUCAACAGAGCGCCUGCCGUGA